UUUUGACAAUUGCCAAAUCAGCUCGGCAAAAACCUAGUGGAUUCUGAUUGAUGUUGUUCAAUAAUUUCUUGUAAAACAACCAAAUUAAACAUAAGAGUUGUGGUUUGAAGACGUAAAUUUAAUGUGCUUUUGUUAAGGUCAACACAUGAGAUCCUGAAUUAACGACAUGGCGACGUACGAGGAGUUUAUACAGCAAAAUGAAGAUCGAGAUGGAAUACGGUUUACGUGGAACGUGUGGCCUUCGAGUAGAAUCGAAGCUACGAGACUUGUGGUUCCUCUCGUUAGUUUGUACCAGCCGUUGAAGGAACGUCCCGAUUUACCACCUAUUCAAUACGAGCCAGUGCUAUGUACACGUAAUACGUGUCGAGCUGUAUUAAAUCCAAUGUGCCAAGUUGAUUAUAGAGCCAAGUUAUGGGUGUGCAACUUCUGUUUCCAAAGAAACCCUUUCCCGCCGCAAUAUGCUGCGAUAUCAGAACAGCACCAACCAGCCGAGCUGAUCCCCAACUUCUCAACAAUAGAAUACACCAUUACUCGUGCACACAGCAUGCCACCCAUCUUCCUGUUAGUUGUUGACACUUGCAUGGAUGAAGAGGAACUGGGAGCGUUGAAAGAUUCUCUCCAAACAUCACUCAGUUUAAUGCCGCAGAAUGCUCUCGUGGGCCUGAUCACCUUUGGACGCAUGGUUCAAAUACAUGAAUUGGGAUCUGAAGGAAUAUACAAGUGCUAUGUAUUCAAAGGAACAAAAGAUUUAUCAGCGAAGCAGAUUCAAGAGCAACUUGCGAUAGGCAGAGUGAAUGUACCGAACCCUCAGCAGAGGCAAGGGGCCCCUGUGCCACAGACACCAGCUCACCGAUUCUUGCAACCAGUUAAGCAAUGUGACAUGGCUCUAACUGACUUGUUAAGUGAACUGGGCCGUGAUCCCUGGCCUCUAGGUGUUGGUAAACGUCCAUUGAGGAGCAGUGGCGUCGCUCUCUCUUUAGCUGUUGGGUUAUUGGAAGUGACCUAUCCCAAUACAGGAGCUAGGAUCAUGAUGUUCCUUGGUGGUCCUUGCUCGCAGGGCCCAGGUCAAGUUGUUAACGAUGAACUGAAGCAACCUAUCCGCUCCCACCAUGACAUUCACAAGGAUAAUGCUAAAUACAUGAAGAAGGCGAUCAAACAUUAUGAGGCGUUAGCAUUGAGGUCUGCGACUAAUGGUCAUGCGAUUGACAUUUAUUCAUGUGCGUUAGAUCAAACUGGUCUUAUGGAGAUGAAGCAGUGCUGUAACUCAACUGGGGGUCAUAUGGUAAUGGGUGACUCGUUCAAUUCAUCUCUAUUCAAGCAAACAUUCCAACGAGUGUUUGCUAAGGAUCAGAAGGGAGAUUAUAAAAUGGCUUUCAAUGGAACUAUGGAAGUUAAAUGCAGUAGGGAACUGAAGAUUUCCGGAGCGAUUGGUUCCUGCGUUUCGCUCAAUGUGAAAGGCCCUUGUGUCUCCGACCAGGAGGUGGGCAUGGGUAACACAUGUCAAUGGAAGAUGUGCACGUUCACACCCAGCACUACCAUGGCUAUCUUCUUUGAGGUGGUAAACCAGCAUGCUGCUCCAGUACCUCAAGGUGGACGUGGCUGUGUACAAUUCAUCACCAACUACCAGCACUCCAGUGGACAGAGACGCAUCCGUGUCACUACUAUUGCACGCAACUGGGCAGACCCCGCAGUGAAUCUACCCCACAUAGCAGCAGGCUUCGACCAAGAAGCCGCGGCCGUAGUAAUGGCGCGUCUCGUGGUAUACCGCGCUGACCACGAGGAUGGGCCCGAUGUGCUGCGUUGGCUCGACAGAAUGCUGAUCCGAUUGUGUCAAAAGUUCGGCGAGUACGGCAAGGACGAUCCGAACAGUUUCCGUCUGUCGGAGAACUUCAGCCUGUACCCGCAGUUCAUGUACCAUCUGCGGAGGUCGCAGUUCCUGCAAGUGUUCAAUAAUUCGCCGGAUGAGACUACUUUCUAUAGGCACAUGCUAAUGCGUGAGGACCUCACUCAGUCCCUCAUUAUGAUCCAACCGAUCCUGUACUCGUACAGUUUUGGAGGACCCCCAGAGCCAGUCCUAUUGGAUACCUCCUCCAUACAACCGGACCGCAUUCUACUCAUGGACACGUUCUUCCAAAUACUUAUCUAUCACGGAGAGACGAUAGCGCAAUGGCGCGCGCUCCGCUACCAAGACAUGCCCGAGUACGAGAGCUUUGCGCAACUGUUACGGGCUCCGGUCGACGACGCGCAGGAGAUACUGCAGACGCGCUUCCCCGUGCCGCGCUACAUCGACACGGAGCAUGGCGGCUCGCAGGCACGAUUCCUAUUGUCCAAAGUGAACCCAUCGCAGACACACAACAACAUGUAUGCUUACGGAGGGGCGAUGCCAGUACCAUCUGCGGACGGUGGCGCCCCCGUGCUCACGGACGAUGUUUCACUACAAGUGUUCAUGGAGCAUUUGAAAAAGCUAGCAGUUUCCUCGACAGCCUAACAAAAACCUCCAACUGGUCAAUUCAUAAAGGACUGGUUAUAUUAUAGGUAGUAGGGCUAUACACAAGCAACUGUUAAGUAGGCUUAAUAAAGAAAAUUAAAUAAAUUCAUAGAAAUUACAAAUUAUUUACAUAGACAUCAUUCAUAAAGGUAUUGGUAGAUUACCGUUCAAUUUUCAAUGACUUCGCAUCAGGUAGGUAUUAGUAUGAAAUUUCCAAUAAAAUUUAAUAUUUUAUACAAUUCAAUGUUAUGCAUUGUAUAUAAGUGACUAUGAGACGUAUUUGCGAUUAGAUUUAAGUGUAAAUUAUGUGUAUUUUUUAAAAUAAUCGCUAUAAAUUUGUUGUAACCGAUUCUUCGUAGUUUUUGUCUCUUUAAUAAUUGUAUUUUAAAAUAUAGAAAAUAUUAAUUGGAUAUACUGUAGCGAAAUAAUAUGCUUUAAUAUAAAACAUCAGUAUCGAAUUUAUGUAUUAGAUUCAUUGCUUCGUCUUUUAUCGUACAUUUUAAAUCUUUCUUGCGAUAGCAACUUCUGGGUUAUUUUUAGCUGAUUUCAUCUUUUAUCUUAAUACAGUUACAACUUUAUAUUCUUUGUAAUUAUAAUGAAUAAAUGUUUAUUGAAUGGA